AUGAAAGCUAUCAGAAAUUUUCAUUUAGAUACUGUCGCAACCGACAUUCGUCGUAAUCUCACUUCAAUAAAUUCUAUAGUAAAUAAUGAUACCAAGCAUUUGACUAAAUUGCUUGCGGCGGAACGUGGGGUGUGUGAUUCUCUAAGUACUCUGACAUAUGAACAAAAUGAAGCGGCAAAAUAUCUUAGCAUUUGGGGGAAAAGCGAAGACGUUGAUUUAGGUGAUAUUACCGAGAAACUAGCUCUUUUAUUUGCAAAGUUGUCGGAAUACGAAGGUAUUCUUGCGGAACGUUAUGCCCAAUAUCGUGGACAUUUAAAAGAUAUUCGUUCACGUGAAGAAACAAUGAGAGAGAAUCGACUCAAGAAGGAAUCUCUUUGGAAUAAAAUCGAAAAAGAAGAACGAAAGGCAUCUCAUUCAAAACAUCCCGAAGCUGCCGAACAAAAGCUUAAAGAUUUCCAGAAGGAAUUGGAAAAGGUCGAAAAGGAAUCGCUUGAAGCACUAUUACUUCAAUUAGAUGGUUUUCUUGAGUUUGGUGAAAAGUUGCUAAUUAUAGCUAAUUAUAGUAAGGACAUUGUUGAACAGAUUUCAACAGAAACAACAACACCUGGCGAGCCCAGGAAGACAUAUACGGGUUAUGAGAAAACUUCACAGGCUAUUUCAAAUGCUACUGCAGCUCUUUCUGCGUGGGCUCCUAAACAUCGGCCAGAUGAUUCAAUUACAACAACAGUAACUUCUGAUGUAGACGUGCCUACGCCACUUACUUUCGACUCUUCAAAUCGAAAACCUACUAGUGGAUCUCCUUUAACUGAUGAUUCAAAUGAAGCAGACCAUAGCGAUUUGGAUCAUUCUGAAGUAGAAACAGAAAAUCCUAGAGAUAAAAGCGAUCUAUCAACCGAAAUCAAAUCAGAUCUCAUAGAAACGUCAACAAUAGACGAUGAAGAAAAUGAAAAUGAAUCUGUAGUUUUUUCAUCAAUCCCAAGACCUCCAACACCACCUAAAGUCAAUACUGUAAAGUUCGAAGAUUCAGAACAGGAAAGCCCGCCUUUAAUAAAGGAACAAACUAUUAAUGAAAAUGUUCAAACACUGUCACAAGAAUCAACUGAAAAUUCUCAUGAAAAACUUGCAAUACCUUCAACUAAAAAAACCAAAUCGCAUAAACAAAAAGAUAUGAAAUAUGUACACUUUAGUGAUGUUGAAGACGAAAUUCCGUAA